AAAUAUGCAUCAUCAUCCUUCUUUUUGUGAUCAAAACAGCCAAAUAUGACAUCCUUUAUAAUGCAAAGUUAAACCAGUGAAAAUAUUUGUGUUAACAAACGAGGCAAUGUCCUUCCAGAGUUUGUUGUAUCAGAUUAUUGUCGGAUUCAAAGUCUGAUGUUUCUACGUGUUCGAACGGUUGCCUGGUUACAGCAGAACGAGAAGUCCCGCCCGGAAGAAUACUUUACAUUUCAGGGCCAAAAAACAACAACAACAAAAACUUUACAUUUCAGGGAAUCCUGUUAGAUAGAUCGACGAUUAAUGCUACUGUAUUUGUUUUAGAUGUAUCAUUUAAAAUACUAGUGUUAAAGCAAUGCCAUUUGUAGUUGUGAAUAAAUUGGAAUAAUCAUUCUCAAGCAAGCGAGACUUGCAACUCUCGCGAUAUCUGAGCGUUUCAAGCUUCUUAUGACCCAGAUUACAUGGCUACAGAGGUUAGCAUGAUAACGCUAGCGAGAAAUUACUGAUAAGUGAUGUACAGACUUGCUCUGUGCUUUAUCGACUAUAUGUGCAUCUUAUGCUGAAGUGAAUUAUACGCAUGCAUUGUUCGCUGUCCCAUAAUAGAGUCGGCUAUGACAGAAGGAUGUCUGUUUUAACCAGAAAACCAAGUUAGCGUUAGCAUUCAAGUCGCUGGCAAGGCUCGGGUACAUUCACGUUAGCAACGGUGGCAGGUAGCUUAGCAACGGUGGCAGGUAGCUUAGCAACUACAGACGCUUGUUUUGUUCACCGUUACACCUACCAGAGCAUGACAACACCUGAGACGCCUUAUCUGCAGGGGAUCGACAGAGCAGAGAACAUCCACCAUGAGGCUGAAAACAUCGCUGCUACAAGAACCCAAACAUAAGGAACUUGUGAGUUGUGUUGGCUGGACCACAGCAGAUGAGCUGUACUCGUGCAGUGAGGACCACCAGAUCCUCAAGUGGAACCUGCUGACCAGUGAGACCAGUCUGGUUGUUAAAUUGCCAGAGGACAUAUACCCCAUUGACCUACACUGGUUCCCAAAGUCUGUUGGUGGCAAGAAACAGAACCAGACUGAGAUCUUUGUCCUCACCAGCACUGAUGGGAAGUUCCACCUGACCUCCAAGAUAGGGCGCAUUGAGAAGAGUGUUGAAGCACACAAGGGAGCUGUUCUGGCUGGAAGAUGGAAUUAUGAUGGGACUGCUCUUAUUACAGCUGGAGAAGAUGGGCAGAUCAAGAUCUGGUCUAAAAGUGGGAUGCUCCGCUCAACACUAGCCAGCCAAGGGUCCCCUGUAUAUUCUGUGGCCUGGGGUCCAGACUCAGACCGGAUCCUCUACACAUCAGGGAGACAGCUGCUCAUCAAGCCCUUGCAACCCAGUGCCAAAGUUAUACAGUGGAAGGCUCAUGAUGGGAUUAUCCUGAAGGUAGACUGGAAUUCAGUUAACGACCUGAUACUGUCAGGUGGAGAAGACUGUAAAUAUAAGGUCUGGGACAGCUUUGGUCGUCUGCUGUACUCGUCGUCGUCUCAUGACUACCCGGUCAGCUCUGUGUCCUGGGCUCCGGACGGAGAGCUGUUCGCCGUGGGCUCCUUCAACACGCUGCGGCUCUGUGACAAGACCGGAUGGUCCUAUGCGUUGGAGAAGCCGAACACAGGCAGCGUGUUCAGCCUGGCCUGGUCAGCAGACGGCACCCAGCUGGCCGGUUCCUGUGGCAACGGACAUGUCAUCUUCGCCCAUGUGGUGGAGCAGCACUGGGAGUGGAAGAACUUUGUGAUCACGCUGACCAAGAGGAGAACCAUGCAGGUGAGGAAUGUAACGAACGAUGCCGUGGACGUACUGGAGUUCAGAGAUCGAGUCAUCAAAACCUCGUUGGCGUUUGGUCACCUGGUGGUGGUCACAUCCCUCCAGUGCUACGUCUACAGCUCCAGGAACUGGAACACUCCCCUCAUCUUUGACCUGAAGGAGGGAACGGUGAGCCUCGUCCUGCAGGCUGAGAAACAUUUUCUCCUUGUGGAUGGAGCGGGGCUGUACACUUUCUCCUACGAGGGGAGAUUGAUAUCUUCCCCCAAGUUCCCUGGUCUGAGAGCUGACGUCCUGAACGCCCAAGGUGUUUCUCUCAGUAACGACACCAUCGCCAUUAGAGACAAGAGUGAUGAGAAAGUCAUCCUUGUGUUUGACGCUCUGACUGGGAAACCCCUCGGUGAUGGAAAGACACUGACUCACAAGCUGGAGGUGGUGGAGAUCGCUCUGGACCAAAGCGGCCCGUCCACCGAGAGAAAGAUCGCCCUGAUAGACAAGAACCGUGACCUUUACCUGACCUCUGUGCGUCAUCUUGGGCGAGAACCCAAAAUCUGCAAAAUCGGUAGCAUGGUCCACAGCAUGGCUUGGAAUGAUGCUGCUAACAUCCUGUGUGGGAUCCAGGACUCCCAGUUCACAGUGUGGUACUGCCCCAGUGUUGUCUUCACUGACAAGGACCUGCUACCUAAAACACUCUACAUAAAGGACGGCAGUGAGUUCAGUCGUGCACCCCACAUUCUGAGCUACGUUGGCACCAAGGUGACGUUGCGGCAGGGGGACGGGUCCCUGGUGUACAGCUGUGUGCCCCCCUACCCGGCCCUGCUGCACGAGUACAGCACCGCGGCACGCUGGGAGGACGCGCUGCGCCUCUGCCGCUUCGCCAAGGACCAGUCAUUGUGGGCGUGUCUGGCUGGCAUGGCGAUGGCCAGCAGGGAGCUGACCACAGCAGAGAUGGCCUACGCUGCCAUCGGAGAGCUACCCAGGGUUCAGUACAUCAACUUCAUAAAGGAGCAGCCGUCUAAGGAGUCGUCUCUGGCCCACAUGCUGAUGUUCAGCGGUCAGGUCCAGGAGGCCGAGGCCACGCUGCUCCAGGCCGGACUCAUCUACCAGGCCAUACGGGUCAACAUCGACCUGUUCAACUGGGAGAGGGCUCUGGAGCUGGCAGUCAAACACAAGACCCAUGUGGACACGGUGCUGGCCUAUAGAGGAGAGUUCCUGCAGAAGUUUGGCAGGAAGGAGACCAAUAAGAGGUUCCUGCAGUACGCUGAGGGGGUUGAGGUGGACUGGGAGAAAAUCCAGGCGAAGAUAGAGAUGGAGUUGUCUAAAGAGAGAGAGAAAGCAGCGAACGCCUCUGUGAGGAGCAGCGUGGCCUCACGGCGUUAAUGAGCAUUAACGCAUCAACUCUGCAGAAACUGAUUCUCAUGUGUUUUGGACAUUUGGUGAAUAUUAAGUUGUCUGGCUCGGACUCAGAGUCAUAAAAAUGUCUGUACUUAAGUACAUUACCUUUCAGUGAACAUAAGAGGGGACAUUUGGAGAUGUGGAGAUGUGACUUUGUCUCUGUAAUGUAAAACAUUUGCAUGGUUCUGUUACUGUCAGUGGAUGAUUUGACUCGAUAAGAUAUUUCUCGGCAACAACACCAUUAUGGCCUUUCUGUCUUAUCGGCUUCAGUGGUUUCAGUGUGUCGAGUUGAUUUUUAUCUUGAUAUGCUCAGUCAUGCACAACAAUAUAGCUUUGUUUUUUGUCAGUGACGCUUAAAUUUGUGUUUUUAUAUGGAUAGAUAUUUUUACACUGAUAUUCAGAACUUUGCCUUCUGUAAACGUGAAAGAUUGUAAGCUAAUAAAAAUGAUAUAAAUACUGUA